AGCAAAUAAGGAAACCCCAUUACCCAGCAUCCAUGUCAUGCGCCUGCGCAGAACUCACUUUCCUGCUAAUAGUUGUUGAGGGAUGCAAUGCUCCAUAGCAACAUCAGUACCAGCGGAGAAGCGCUGUAGCGGACGACCUGGGAUAUAAAUCCGGAGAAUAUCCGAAACAGGUGCUGCAUGCGGACAGCAUGGACGACCAGAAGGAGUCACUGAGGAAGAUUAUCACCACGUUGGCUCUGAAGAAUGAGGAAAUCCAGAAUUUCAUCUGCUGUCUAAAGCAGAGUCUAGAGAACCUAGAGGCGAAUUCAAACCGAGUGCAGGAGGAUAUGGAGUCAGAGUUUAGCUCUCUGCAUGCCGUCCUGGAUGAACUGAAAGAGGGCAUGGUCACACGCAUCAAGCAGGAAAGAGCCAGUCGUACAUAUGAGCUACAGAGUCAGCUGAGCGCAUGCACCAAAGCCCUAGAGAGCUCAGAGGAGCUGCUGGAAUUAGCCAAUCAGACGCUCUGCUCCUCUGAGAAUGACAGCUUCACUCAGGCGGCCAAAGAGAUAAAGGAUAGUGUGACUAUGGCUCCAGCAUUUCGCCUGUCUUUGAAAGCAAAGGCCAGUGACAGUAUGAAUCACAUGAUGGUGGACUUCACUCAGGAAAGAAAUAUGCUACAGGCUAUCAAAUUUCUUCCAGUCCCUGCCACACCAGAAAUUCAUGUGGCUGAAUGCCAGGUGUUUGAUAACACAGUCACAGUGGUGUGGACCUUACCUGAACCCGACUCCAAAAUCGACCACUACAUCCUGGAAUAUCGGAGAACCAAUCAUGAAGGUCCUCCUCGGGCUCGAGAAGACUACCCCUGGAUGGUGGUGGAAGGGAUAAAAGAGACUGAGUACACACUCACGAGCCUUCGUUUUGACACGCGUUACAUGACCUUUAGAGUGAAGGCAUGCAAUAAAGCGGUGGCGGGUGAAUUCUCAGAGCCGGUUACUCUAGAAACAAAUGCAUUCGUCUUUAAACUGGACGCGGGUUCAGCCCAUCAGAACCUGAAGGUGGAGGAUCUCAGCGUGGAAUGGGACAGCAGCGGUGGGAAGGUAGCCGUCCAGGACAUCCGUAAGGAAAAGAACAGGACCAGCUCUCCUAUGCAUUCCCCUGCCAGGACAGCCAUGAUGUCCCCCAAAAGGGCUCCAUCUGCUAGAGUGGGCAGAGACCGCUUCACAGCAGAGUCCUACACUGUCUUAGGAGACACCAUGAUCGAUGCAGGGCAGCAUUACUGGGAGGUACGGUAUGAUAAGGAGAGUAAGGUGUUUGCAGCAGGAGUCGCUUUGCGGUCUCUAGGUCGCUUUGAUCAGCUGGGGAAGAGUAACGCUUCCUGGUGCAUCCACCUUAACAACUGGCUUCAGCAGAGCCUCACAGCCAAGCACAAUAAUAAAGCCAGAACACUGGACUGCCCCAUUCCCGACCGCAUCGGCAUUUACUGCAACUACGAAGAAGGCAUAUUGUCUUUUUACAACUCCAGAACCAAAACUCUCAUUCAUACAUUCAGAACCAAGUUCCAGCAGCCUAUUAUACCAGCCUUUAUGGUGUGGAAUGGGAGUUUCUCGGUGCAGACGGGCCUCCAGGUACCCAGCAUUGUGCUGAGCGGUCAGAAGCGGAACAGUAAUACAAGCAGCUCUAAUGCCAGCCUUACUUAAAUCACACGUCACUCUAGAACCGCUACACGUACGCACAGGUUUGGAGAACACUUGGCAACCCUUACACAAGCCUGGAGGCUCUUCCUAUCAUCAGUAUGUCUUGCCAGCCCAAGGGAAGAGCUAUUCUAGAUUGCUUUCCUCAUUCCUUUUAGCUUACUGAUCUGGAUCCUGUGCCUUUCAUUCCUGAAUUCAGACAUAAUGGGGUAUUACUUAUUUCAACAUGCAAAGAGCUUUAAUAGCAUUGAGUUCAUGUGUAUUUCACUAGGGCCAAAUGUGGGAAUGCUGUUUUUUUAUAUUUAGCAUUAGUUCAUUAAAGUCACAGUAUUUGAGCCACAUUAAAACAAUUAUUUCAAUGCAACAGCAGCAUGUUGGUGUUAUUGUUUGAAAUCUCAGACGAAACUAUUAUAUUUACACACAGAAUGUCUUUAAUUCUGCUACAGUAGCUGCUUCAGUAUACUUUUUAAACUUAUACUUAGUAUCAGAGUAGCACAAUGAUCUUCAGCUAAAUCAUAGAAGUCAAAUGCCUUUUAUAGAAUGUAUUAAUACAGUAGUUCCAGCAUCUGAGGAGGAAGGAGGCAGGUUUAACAAACCAUUUGAUUGUGUUGCGCACGAUUAAUGAAGUGUCUGUGUGUGUGUCCAUGUUCAUGAUCUGUCACCCAGAAAGGUACUUUUCAGUGUUCUUGAUGCAAAUAUUUACCAAACUUGACUUUUUUUUGUACACCUGCUGCAAUUACAUAUUACAGAUGACAGAAGACAUUCAUUUUUCUGCCACAUUGCCGUUCUCUGAAAAGGAUAAUUUACCAAAAAAUUUAAAUUCUGUCAUCUUAUCUGUUUUUCCAAAACUUUUAGUUUAGGUGGAAUGGAAAAAAACGAGAAUAAUGCUGGAGCUUUCAAGUUUAAUAAAAGACAUAUAAGCAUGUGAAUUGUCAUAAAAGUACUCCCUAUAUUCCAAAGUUUCUGAAGUCAUUUGGUAGUUUUCUGUAAGAAACUGCAGUUUAGGUCAAUAGUAAUUAAUAAUCUUGAAUCUUGAAAAUUGGAACUCGGAACCAAAUCAAUCUGAUUCAUGGCUGAAUUGGAUUGAUUCGUUGAAAAGAGUUGACUCUAAAGAAUGAUUUAUUCAAAGUUAAUACAUUGCUACUACUUACA